AUUCGCGAUAGUUAGCUUACCUCAUGGGUUUCUAGGCUGCCUAUCGAAGUGGCGUCUAGAAUUGCAGUGUAGCACAGGCUUUACGUGACGACUCUUGCCAGCAUUGGCUCUUGCUGCUUUUCCACGGUCCAGUUUAAUCGCACUACGCAUCCUCAUCGGAGACCUAUUUUGCUCCGACCCCCGUAUUCUAGCAGCCUCUCCUUAUUAAAGUCUUGUGUGCACACGGCAUUCUUCCAUAACCGUCAUGAGUGCCUUUUUGGUACUUAGGUAGCUCGUCAUAAUUUUCUGCAUCAUAUUGAAGACAGGGGUGGUCGACAACUUUCUUGGAUAAUAACACUAGUUCAUCGUACCAAAGGCUUGCUUGCCGACAUAAUGGAGUGCCUUAGCAUUGCCGUCAUCGGUGCCUAUGGUGUGGGCAAAACUCACUUCAUACGAACUGCCAUGUCUCUCCCUCCUCCAUCCAAACCGCAGGCACCCCCCGCAGAUCCAAAAACAAUGACAGCACGUAUAGUUGUUGACAAUGUACCCUACAGCGUUGCUUUAUUUGAGCUGGACCUCCAGUACUUCGAAUCAGAAUACUUCGACGGCCAGCAUAGACAGGUAAAAUGGCCCAAACAAAUGAAUGGCACCAUUUUACCUCAAGUCCAUGGAGUCUUGUUUCUCUAUGAUGUGAUGAACAGGGAGAGUAUUAAUUAUCUACCCGAGACUCUCAAUGCUGUCGUAAAUUCGUCGCUACCAGCAGUUCUUGUGGCUACUAAAUGCGACAAUCCGGAGCCUUCUAGACAAAUCGACGCUGAUGCUGUAGCUGCGGCUUGCAAACCCUGCCUUGCAAGCUUCAAAACAUCGACCGAUAAGCCAGAGACAGCACGGAUGGCAUUAUCUACACUACUAAGGGCCAUGAUUUUAGGAACUCAUGAAAACGAGAGCACAGAAGCGACAGGUCUCAGACGGCGGGCGACUUCAGAAGUGACUCAUCUCGAUGCCCCAACGGAGUCGUUAUCUCGUCCCAUUAGUCAACAUAGUAAGCAUAGUCGGGCAAGCUCCGAUAUGUCGUUGCUGCGCGGUUAUCUCAACGCUCAGGAGAACACCGACUACCGACAUUCGAGAGUUCCCCGUGUGGAUCUUCUGGGUGGACAAAUAUCCGAUGAAUAUGAAUCCGUACAAACUGUGCAUAGUCAGCUUCGAAGCCCUGGCGUUCGUUUAGAUCGAGCUCAGCAUAUCUUUGUGGAGAUCGAAGACUCCGAUGGAGAGUCUAUGAGAUACUCUGAUGAUAUACCUCUGCUCCAGCGGACUGACGAAAAUCUCUUUGAUCGUUCCGCCAAGAAACCGGGGCUAACGUUCGAUGAACUUGUUGAUCGUUUGCUGGCACCAAAGCUAUCCCGGGUAGACCAUAACUUUGCAGGCGUCUUCUUGUGUCUGUAUCGCAAGUUUGCCACACCUGGCGAGUUGUUUUCCGCCAUACUAGCACGGCUAGACGCUAUUAAAGAUGAUAAAUCAAUUCACUACCUCACCAAGACAACUACUCAGUUGCGAAUUAUUGAGGCCAUUGCUAAAUGGGUUGAAACUUAUCCAAACGACUUUGCGCGAUCUGUGAUCAGAAGAAGAUUAGAUGAGUUCAUCACACAUUUGGCAGCUGAGCCAAUAUUCUCAGCUGCUGCCUUGCAAAUGCGGAAGAUCCUGGAGGAAAGCGUAACGGAGGACGAUGACACAGGCUGGGUUAAAUCUGAGGCCGAAGACAGUCAAGCGGAUAAGAGUUCUUCGGAGAACGCGAGGCAAGGUAGCGAUGUCCAGGACAGUCUGAGUUUGCUGAGUAUCGGUAACCAGACUGACCGACACGCCUCUGCUGCCUCAUUGGUUUCGAGUUCGGCAGGUGCUGCUACCACGAAAACUCAUUCAUUUCAAUUCCACUCAUAUGAGGAUUAUGAGCGCGAGGCUGUCACCAUGACGCCUACUUAUACACUCCCUCUGACGAAAUUUCGAUAUCACAUCUUCCUGGAUAUGGUGAAUGACGAUAUUGCAGAUGAAAUGACCAGGAUUGACUGGGUGAUGUUCUCGUCUAUCCGUAUACGUGAUCUUGUGCGCCAUGUCAGCUUAUCGGCCGAGCAAAAGGAAAAAUGCAAAGCGAUGAGGAACGUAAAUCGCAUGAUCUCGCAUUUCAACCAUGUUGCAACAUGGGUGUCAAACAUGGUCUUAAUGCGGGACAAGGCUAAACACCGAGCGGUCAUGCUCGAAAAGUUUAUGCAUAUAGCAUUGAGGCUGAGACAGCUGAACAACUACAACGGUUUAGCUGCUGUACUUGCCGGUAUCAACGGAACCGCAGUCCUCCGACUCACUCAAACGCGAGCCCUGGUGCCGCCGGACGUGCAGAAACGGUUCGCCCGGCUUGUGCUGCUAAUGGGUACUCAGAAAGGUUAUUUCGCCUAUCGGUUAGCUUGGGAGAAUUCCCCCUUGCCACGUAUUCCGUUUAUUCCUUUACACCGCAAGGACCUUGUCUCUGCGGAAGAGGGCAGCAUCACAUUUAUCGGACCGCAGGGCGACCGAUUGAAUUGGAAGAAGUUCGAGGUGCUUGGAGAGGUUAUUUUGCCGAUAAUGAAGAGCCAGAGUACUCCCUACCCCAAUUUGACGAAGCAUGAUGACGCUAGGGAGCUCAUCUUAGAUUGCUUGAUAACCACAGAUGAAGAUGACAUCUACCAACGAAGCACUCAAGUAGAGAGCUCAUCGGGUCUUGCGGUGGACCCGUCCAAGAAAAAAUUCCCGUGGUUUGCUAACAAGAUCUCAUAAUAAUUUGUCUCUUUGCAGGGAUAGUACACCUACUUGUUUUUGGGACUUAUGGCGUCAGGAUAUUGGGAAAGCGUGUUUGUGUCUAGGCGACAUAGAAUAUCAGCGAUACUUUGAGAUGGGAAGUUCUGGGGCUACCUAGUUUACAACUAUCUUCCGACCUAGGUGGAAUUAGAAUCUUCUUUGAUAUUGGAACUUGGCAGUAAAUGUUCACACUUCAGCCUCUAUGAAGUUAAUAGCUACUAGAUAGGUUGGGGAGAAGACGCCCCGUAAUAUAUAGGUCCAGUCUACGUGUACACGCACAGCUUCAAAAUCAUCUACAUACAGUAUGGCGUGGACUGAUACAAGGAGUCCCGUGGAUCCUGGUCUGUUGUAGGUCGGACAGAGGAGGGCCUAUGGCGGCAUUCAUCUAGCCCCCUUCUGCCCCCUGAUACCUACUACUGUAUGUAUAUCAUAGAUAAUAGUAGCUCCUCUGUAGUUCGAGGUCUAGACCAGAUCAGCAAUUUCUAAUUUGCUGACUAUGGGGCUCACCGCGUCGCUAAGUUAAAUAAAAGCGCAGACACAGCGGUGUCGCAAUGCACGAUAAGGAGGGGACAGAGAGGGGAGCUGUCCAGCAAAAUCUAAUUGUAAUGACGUCAUG